AUGGCGUCCGGCUACGGCGCAUAUGGCGGUGUGAGCCGGUGCUUUCCCUUCUGGCAGGAAUACAUGGCUUGCUACGUUAUCAACCAGAACGAUCCCGAAGCGCGCAAGCAAGGCGUCUGUGUGCCCCGCCUUGAGGACUACUACGAAUGCCUACACCACAAGAAAGAGCACGCUCGUGCACUAGCGAUCCAGAACGCGAUGCGAAAAGCCCAAGCUGCACACCCUCGAGAAAAUGCGCCGAAAGCUGGUCAGAUACGAAGUUUGGGCUUGAUUGGGAAGGAUGAGGACACAAAACAGACGUUGGGCCAGUCAUAG